AGUGCGUUAAGGUCUGUUGACGAUGAAAAUUCGUCGUGAUCUUCACAGUAAGUUUGGAUUAUUCUUCGGGUCUCAACAACACAUCAUAUUACACCGACGAUUAUUGAUUCCCCAUGAGAAAAAUCAUCCAGGAAAUGGUUGGCGGGAGGGGGCAGAAUGUCGAGUGAAAGAGACAGUGGCCUCCGAACCAAUUUGUUGGGAAUUCAGUGAUAACCAGACGGCCACUGCUGCUACCACCGAUAACCAUAAACAUCCAAAUUACGCACCUGGUCAUGACGUAAUUGUCCAUUUAUUCGAGUGGAGAUGGAAGGAUAUUGGUGAUGAGUGUGAGAGAUUCCUUGGACCGAUGGGAUUCGGAGGCGUCCAGGUCUCACCAAUCCAAGAAAACGUAGUAAUCCCAGGGAGACCCUGGUGGGAGCGUUAUCAACCGAUCUCUUAUCGAUUCGUCACUCGUUCCGGUAACGAAAUCGAGUUCAGGGACAUGACGAGGAGAUGCAAUGCCGCUGGUGUUAGGAUCUACGUCGACGCAAUCCUGAAUCACGUGUCCGCUGAUCACGAUUUCGAGGUGAUUGGCACUGGGGGAAGUUGGGCUGAUCCAUCCACCAGGAACUAUUCGGCUAUACCGUAUUCGCGUGGGGAUUUCCACAGGAGUUGUCCUUUGAGGAAUUUCAGUAAUCCUGUGGAGGUGAGGAACUGCGAGCUCGUGGGACUCCACGAUCUUGAUCAAAGUAUUGAACAUGUCAGGGAGAGACUUCUCGCGUUUAUGAAUCGGGCGAUUGACGCUGGAGUGGCUGGAUUCAGAAUCGACGCAGCCAAGCACAUGUGGCCGCAGGACCUGCGAAUAAUAUACUCCCGCCUGAACGACUUGAACCCAUCACACGGUUUCCCCAGGAACGCCCGCCCCUACAUCUACCAAGAGGUGAUAGACGUGGGUGGUGAGGGUGUCUCGAAAUACGAGUACAACGAUUUCGGUGCAGUGACAGAGUUCCGCUACGGUGUGGAACUCUCAAAAGGGAUGAUGGGUAAGAACGCCCUGAAGUGGUUCCAGAACAUCGGGGAGGCCUGGUCGAUGCUGCCCCAGGACUCGUCCCUGAUUUUCGUUGACAAUCACGAUAAUCAGAGGGGAAGUGGCGGAGGUGGAGCUGUCCUGACGUACAAGCAGCCGAAACUCUACAAAAUGGCAGUUGCCUUCAUGCUGGCACAUCCUUACGGCAACCCCAAGGUCAUGAGUUCAUUUGCGUUCGACACGUCUGAUCAGGGCCCUCCUGCUGACUCCCAGGGGCAUCUCACACCCCCAGUCAUCAGGGGAGACGGCACCUGCGGCAACGGUUGGGUGUGUGAGCACCGUUGGAGGCAGAUUUACAACAUGGUGAUCUUCAGGAACGCCGUCAACUCCACCAAAAUCACCCAGUGGUGGGACAAUUCUAACAAUCAGAUUGCGUUCUCACGCGGUCGGGCCGGAUUCAUCGCCAUCAAUGCUGAUGAUGAAGAUCUCAAGACGGAUAUUUACACUGGGCUAUCCCCUGGUACCUACUGCGAUGUCAUUUCUGGAAGUCUUCAGGGCGGCCAGUGCACUGGAAAAUCUGUCGUUGUUCGCCAGGACGGUUAUGCGUAUGUGGAAAUCCUCCUCGAGGAAGAGGAUGGAGUUCUCGCUAUUCAUAGAAAUGCGCAAUUGAUGUCGAAGGAUGACGAAUUGGAACUCGAAAGUGAGAAAUUGAUCUACACGACUAUUUUACAGUAAUUUAACGUCUCCAUCAAUAAAUGCUAUUUAUUUUUCUAAUGAUAAUAAUAGAAAAAAGCAACUCUUUGA